AACUCGGGCCCGCCGCACGGUGAGGCGAGCCCGGCCCGGCCCCGCCGCACUGGCCGGGCGCCUCCCUCCCGCUCAGCCCCGCGGUGGGGAGGGGGCGCGCCGCCCCUCACCUUGCUCUGCGGGGCUCUGUAAUGGCGCAGCUCCCUCUUCCGCUCGGGGCCUGGGCCUGCUCCCGCCGCGGGGGCUGCCGGAGGGGCGGCCUGGGCCUGCUCCCGCCGCGGGGCUGCCCCCAGCCGCGGGUGAGGGGAUCCGCUGCUGCUCGGCGGGGCGGGGGGGCCGGGGGCGGCCGGCGGAGGCGGCGGCUGCCUUCGGCGUCGCUGGCGCGGAGCCUGGGGAGGGCGUCGCUCCCGGGGGGUCCCCAGGCGUUUCGCCUUGUCUCCUGCUUUCACCUUCCCCGCGUGAAAAGCGUGUGCAGGUGCAGGCGUGAACACGCGUGUGCGCUCUGCCCGGCCAGCCCAGUGGAGAAUUCCACUAAAAUUCCUUGCGGGAAAUAACCCGGUUUGUAGCAGCGUUAAAUGUAACUAUGGCAGUUAAAAGUUUUCUGGGGCCCAGGUUCUCUUAUUUCACUUGCUUGUCACUCCUCUUUCUGCAGGAAGACAUUAUAGCCCUGCUUGCGAGGUGCUAUGCAAACAUACUGCAUUUCCUACCCGGAGCAGUUGGCAAGCCAUCGUAAUCCAAACGCCGAGUGCUGUUAUGUUGGGGUUUCUGUUUGUUUUUUAAAAACGUCUGUGAGCCAAAAAAACCCUAGAUGGAUGCCAUUUUGGAAACAAGCCCUCAUUAGCAUAGUACUCCUGAGAAAAGGCAGCAUAUACUGGGGGGGGAGGAGAGCCACGGUUCAGCAAGCAUAUACUUGAGUGUGGGCCUUUCUGAAAGAUGUCCUUUCUUUUUCCAAAAUCGUAAUGCUAAGGGUGUGAAUAUCCUAUUCCUGGCAAACCUCAAGUGCAGCAUUCGUAGCUGCAAUCUGAAAAUGCAGCCCCAGCAGGCAAAUAAUAAACGCACUUGUUUUGUGAAAUGGCAAAUUGCAGAACCGAGCGUGUUACAGAUGGUGGGUGGUGGUGAACAAAAUGAAAUAAUCUCAAGAAUACUUGCUAUUUCCUAUCUUUUGUUUUAUUUCAUUUUCUGAUACGUGCUAACAGCUUUGGCAUGUAUUGUAUCUCACGCAUAGGUAUGAGUGGAGGUGCAGAGGUUGGAAACAUUCGUUCAGGUUCAGCAGGCGGUCAUUUCGGUUGUGAGCCUGUGCUGCGAGCUGACAGGGACUGCGGCGAGUGGGUUAUAUAACCUGUGUGCAGGGUGCCAUGGGUGAGGAGGUGCUGCUUUCUCACCGGUUGCCAAGAUAGCUAUUAACUGUUGGUACCUUGCGGGUUUAUAACGUAUUUCAUACAGCUAAUUACUAAAUCUUGUGAUAGCUUUUAGUAUUUAUCCAAAUACUGAAACAUGGAUGGACGCAGGUUUUCAGGAGUAUCUGACUUCUUCCAAGGACAUUGUAAUGGAGAGUAAAAUGAGGGAACCUCAUUUUUCUGUACUGUCUUAGAUAAAAUGCCUCCAGUAUUAUGCAUGGCUGAGAAUGCAUCCUGAAUUAAAGGAUAAAGAUAGGAAGGUAAAAAGAUGUAAAUCUAGGUGUGUGUUACUCUGUUUCUCCAAAAAGAGAUGGACUUGGACUAAUAAUUCAGUAUUGAUAUUUCCUUUUACAAGAUAACAGAUUUCCCCAGACAAAAAUAAUUUAAAUUGUGUUAGCAAAACAUGAGGAAUUAGUGAAGAGGCGACCUUGCACAUGGGACAGUAAGAAGCUAUUGGGGAGGGAGAGAACCUAAUAGUGCUGAAGAGAAGGGAGGUUGACUUGGUUAGUUUUCAUUAACAAAAGUAGCACCAAUAGGUUCUUUUAAGACCAAAAACUGUGAGUCAUUGUUGCUGCAGUGGGAGUAUGUCCACAUAGGAAAACAAGAUUGCCCUGUAAAAACAGAGCCAAGUGCAGUAGUGGAAGGUUGUAGUGUUGUGGAGCGAUAACAAAAGAUUUGAUCAGUCCUGGUUUGUAACAGAAGGAACUGAGAUGAGAAACACUUUCAAAAGCUGUUUGGUCAUAGCAUAUGAGCUUUUAUGGUAAUGCUGCUGUGAGAAGGGCAAUCCUAAAAUACAUCAGAAGGAUAUUCUCUGUCACUGCUGCAGGGGAGGAAUCUAAAUAAAUCAAAUAAGCUAAAGUGAACCCAGAAGAGGUGUAGAAAAGGGCUGUUAAGGGUGAUAAAUGUCAAGUGUGUCUGACAAAGGGAAAUGAGAAGAAUUUGGCUUGUUUGGCCUAACAAAACAAGAUAUGAUGAAGUGUUGAUACUUAAGUGUUUGUUUUCUGGCUCCUUAGCUUAAGUAAGCCCAUAAAAAAUGAGAACAGUGGGUAUAAACUGGCACUUAAUAUAUCAGGAUUUGAUUUUUUUUUUAAUCCUUUGGUCUUUGCAUUAUUUUAUGGCGAGAAGGGGGAAGACCUCUGUAGUUUAAAAAUGAAGCUAUAGGAGUUCAUGUGAAAGAGAGGGUUCUGUGGAUUCCUAUGAUAGCAGGGAGGCUGUCAUCAGUGGUGAACUGGAAAGGGUAGCUUACCCAAACGCAAGUAUUACACUACAGCAAUAUUUUUUACAGUAAGAGUAAAUGCACUUCUCUCCAUGCUAUUUAGUAAAGAAAUACAUGGUCUUCUGUUGAAAAAAAAAUGUUUUAACAUAGCUGGCUACAGUGUACUGUAAUUUAAUGUUUUAAAUUAAUCCUUUGGAGUAAGCCUUUCUAUUGUAGGAAAGCAAGACAUCAUUAAGCUCACCUUGAGUAAAUCACUAGCAAGUAUUGUUACUUCCCAUUUCCCAUGGUGUUGCUGCAAGCCCUGUUGGAAUGUCAGCAUUCCUUACAAUACAGGCAUCUGCAUUGUGAGAAGUUAAUUGCACAAAUAUCUGCCAAUAAUUUUGGUGGGUGGGUAUUGCAGAAAUACGGGAAGUAAAAUCAGAUAUACAAGGAAAGGACUUGUGAGAGCAUCUGAAAUAUGACUGGCCAGACCGGUUUUUGAGAAGAUAUAAGAUUAACCAUUUGGAGCCAGGAGGACUUUGAAGAUGGUCAGAACAAGAUUACUGUCUGGAUAGGGUUACACUUACAUGUUUAGAGUAUCUCUCAACUUGUCACAACAAAUUUAUUGUGAUCUGUGCCUCCAAAGUCUAUGUUCCACCUGUUAAAAAAGCAUCUUACUCAUGUUUAUAUAGCUUUUAAACACUUGGUGUUAUUCUACACGUUCAUACUUCAGUAGUUUUAAAUAACCUGUCUGUGGUUUACCUGUUAGGUGCCUGAACCUAUUUCCCGUAUUACCCUGUCGUUUCUUGGGUGGUGCCAUUUAAAUAUAACACACUUUGGCGAACUCCUUCGUUGGGAGACAUUAACGCCAAUUGCCUCUUACUACACGUACUGAUUUAGUCUCCAGUGGGAGAAACCAAACAUAGUUUUGACUUAAAGGCAGAUCUUUUUUUCUUCUGAAGACUUUGAGACUGGUAUCUGGUCAGAGUGUUUCUGGGUGAACUCAGGGUUAAAAAGUGUAAUUGGGGGUAGUGGGGCUGGAACAACUGGAUUUCUUUUGAGUCAUGUUCCUGUUUUGGGCAGUGGCUCUAGGACCGUGGUUAUUCAGCAGAGAUAAAACAGGCCUGUUUAUGAAAUGGUUUGUCCAUGGGAAAAACUGCUGCACAUAAAAAUGCUUAGAAGGUUAAAACAUUACAUGAAAACUCACUUUUUAGAGAAUUAUUCUAGGUUUUCUUGAUGAAAUAGCGGCUGGUGAUUUUGGUUCAGAGGCUCUGAACUUGGUUUCUUUGAGCAUGAUGGGUCAUGAACAACGAAUUUGUGGCAUUGUCAACAAGUAGCAGUGUUGAGCAUGUGGAAAUAUAACUUGAAAUACUGCUUGAAGGGGUUACAUUUUACACAUAGUAUCUUAGAUUGAGAGACGAUUUGAGGAAAAACAAAAGCAUUGAAAUGUCCUAUUCAUCUGCUUCAUGGUAUUCCUGAAGCGUGGCGAACUGUAGCUAGGUAAGAAGUAGGGGUGUGAGCAGUGAACCCCUUUGUGUUCUGGCAGCUGCCGUACCUACUUUCUGUUUGCUUCACACAGGACAACUGUUGCACUUUGUGAAUUCUUUAUGUUUGGUCUAACCUGCGUAAACACGCAGUAGCUGGAAAUAUGCCUGAAGAAGGUAGUUAGGGAGUGACUGGUGUAAAAUCAAAAUUCUGCCACUUACUGUGCUUACUGUCACUGUUGUCAUGGUAAGGAAAAUCGGGUGCAGAGCUCAAACAGGGCAUGCUCUGUUAAUUCUUCCCUGAAUAAUCAUCUUGGGGAUGUCAUUGGGGCUACGGUAGCUGGCUCUGGGGACUGGGUUGGCCUCUUACUCAGUCUCAGGAUGUAAGGAGACUCACAGCUACUCUCAGCAUCACGUUUUUAAUAGUUUACUUUUAAGUUUUUACUUGGACACAGGUGCCUGAUGUUUCCACUGAGACUCUUUCAGAUAGGAUGUGUCUGGAGGGAUACAUCCUGUGGUUUCUAUGUCUGUGUCCUCAAUAGGAAUAGGUUCUGUGUGGUGGAACAAUCCAGACAAUCCCACUUGUGCGUCCUGUUCAUAGGUUUUUUUGAGGUCCUCUGAGUAACUUAUGUUGCUUUGUUCUGUUGUGUGCAUGUGAUGGUCAGUGAGGCAGAUCACGCGGAAAGCACAGCUAUACCAGUUGUUUGAUGUCUGGAGGUUCAGGAUUGGCAUACCAGUUGUUAGUUUCAUAGGCUUAACUGAGGUUUGGUUUGUGAUCUGAAUUAAGUGACAGAGUGAGCUUGGUGUCUUUCCUUUAAUUACAGGUAGAUUCCCAAGUAAAAUCUAAAUAGUGCCAACUGAAUUCCAACAUCAGAAGUGUUGUGUUACACAGCGUAUGACUAAUUUUAAUGGACCUCCAAGUAGAUUCUGCUACUAACGAGUAAAACCACAUUGAAUUGGCAGUGUAGUGAAGUAUCUGUAGGGAAAGCUUUUGGGCUCAAGUAACACAAAAGGCAGUUGUAUUUGGCUUGGGGCAGCAAGUAUCUUGGUAAAAGUAAAUAGUACAGUACCACUACUCUGCAGAGCUUGCUGUAAUUUCACUUGGUAAUUUUCAUGGUAUGUUUGCAAAGUAGCAUCCACAUAGGUGAAAAACUCCUUUUGAACUUUAAAAUCACUUAAGAAAGUGCCUUCAGCUCAUUGAGGAUGGAAAACGUAAUGCGCCAAUAAGGAAGGGUUUGAAAACAUCACAGAAAUUCUACUGCUGUCCUAUUGAAGGCUGCCCUAGAGGACCAAACAGACCAUUUUCCCAAUUUUCUCUUGUAAAACAGCACUUUAUGAAAAUGCAUGCUGAAAAGAAGCACAAAUGUGAUAAAUGUAGUAACUCCUAUGGUACAGAAUGGUACUUGAAACGGCAUAUAGAGGUCUGUGGCAAGACUUUCCAGUGUACUUGUGGGUGCCCUUACGCCAGCAGAACAGCAUUACUGUCUCAUAUUUACAGAACUGGCCAUGAAAUUCCUGCAGAACACAGGGAUCCUCCUAGUAAGAAAAGGAAAAUGGAAACCUCCGUACAUAAUCAACAGUUGGCAGAGAAAGCAAAUGAAGCAUUCAUCAAUACACACAAUAACAAUCCUGGCACUCAGGAACUGGAGUCCUCUGAAGUGAAACUAGUGGCCUCUCUUGAAGGCUCCUGCAGCUCUAACUUGACAAACCAAAUGCAGCCAAAAGGUACACCGAAGAUGCUUUUACCAAAGCCCAGGGUGGCUUUGGUUAAACUCCCAGUGAUGCAGCUUGCUCACUUGCCUGUAUACGUAUCUGCAACAGACUCUUCGGUCAAACCUGCUGUAGUGGCUGUUGAUAACCAAGGUCCAGUUGUAAGUACUGUUCAUUUACUGCCUCAGUCUAUAGGAAUUCUGAUUCCAGCACUGGAGGCAGAAACACUUGUAUUUAAAGAUAGUAUGCCUGUUUCAAAAGUGACAAAUUCUGGUGAUCACGAACCGGUAAGUACUGGUGUACAAGUUGAGUUGGAUAAGGUUACACUGAAUGACACAGGGCAAGAGCUGGGGAAUGCUUGUCACAAGAAUAAAAUUUCUUCGAUAAAUAUACAGACGGACUUAUCUUAUAUUUCACAGAACUUUGUACCAGCUGCAGCCUGGACUCCCAGUUCUUCUGUAUCCUCUUGCUCUCAGACUGAUCUUUCAUUCAGCUCACAGGUUUCAUUACCCAUCAGUGUACAAACACAGACGCUGCUGCCUGCUUCCAAACUGACUUCAUCCAUAGCUGCUCAGACUGAUGCUUUUAGUCAGGUUUGUUUUCCAGCGAGUGGCAUUUCUAGGGAGACUCAGACUGGGAGGACAGAGGACACUGUUGAUGGAAGAGUGCAAAUGGACCAGGCUGUAAUGUGCAGUGACAUCUUUGACAACGUUCAUUCAUCAUAUAAUGUUUCUACUCACAUUGAACUUCCAGAGAACAAUUUAAUGCCUGCAAAUAUUGAUCAAACCUUGCUGCAAAGGAGUAAUUGCAAGAGCCUGAAUCAAGAUACGGUGAAGUCUGAAUCCCUUAUUGGCUUCAAUACACAGACUAAUAUACUUCCACCUCAAAAUACGAUGGAUAAUCAAACCCAGACGAUGGACCUACUAAGUGAUCUGGAGAACAUCUUUUCAGGAAACAUGUCUGGCCAGGCACUGGAUAAUCGUGGCCUUUUGUCUGAGACCAGUUCUAAUGCUGACACGCAUCUGCCACCCGGUCCAUCACAGAGCACAGGAAUAGACUUUGACAUUGAAGAGUUCUUUUCAGCAUCCAAUAUCCAAACUCAGACUGAGGAGAGUGAGCUUGGUACCCUAAACUCUGAGCCAGUUUUGGAGUCGCUGGACAUUGAAACUCAGACUGAUUUCUUAUUUUCAGAUAGCGCCACUCAAUCGUAUAGCUGCCGAGGAAAUUCUAACUUCUUAGGUUUGGAGAUGUUUGAUACACAGACACAGACAGACUUGAAUUUUUUUUUGGACAGUAAUACCCAUCUGCCUUUAGGGAGUAUUCUGAAGCAGUCUAGUUUCUCCAUGAGUACGGACUCAUCUGAUACAGAAACCCAGACAGAAGUAUAUCUGGCUACUAAAAAUAGCCCUACUCAGAAUAUUGAAAGCAAAGUCCAGCUCAGUAGCACUGAAACACAGACUAUGGAUAGCUGCUUUGAGAACCUAGGGAGUUUAUUCCUCACCAGCAAUGAGACACAGACAGCAAUGGACGACUUCCUUCUGGCUGACUUAGCCUGGAAUACAAUGGAGUCCCAGUUCAGUUCAGUAGAAACACAGACCUGUGAAGAGCUGUGCUCCUUGUUUCAGAGCUCUGGCAAGCCCAACCAUUGAGUACUUCAUAAUAUAACUUUCCUGUGGUUUGAAAUUAAAUUAUUGGGGUGGGAGAGAUGGCUUGACCAAGUUAUUCACUUUGCGUUACUGAAUGUAGUUAUUGUGAGCAGUUGGCCUAAGAGACUUGUCCUGCUGCAGGUACUCUAUUGAAUAUGUAACUUUACAUAAACUGUGUGUGUAUAAAUGGGGGAAGGGGGGGCUGUAACAUGUUAAUGUACAUUUGAACCUUAAAAAAAAUUGUGGUGCCUAUGUUUUUUCCUCAAACUUCUUUACAAAGCUGAUACUGCUUUCAUUUAAACAGAACUUUUUAAGUUGUCCUGUGUAUAUGCCUCUCUGUUCCUGGCUUAUGUAUAGAGUUCCAGGGUGCUGAACCAAAGCCCUGACCUGUCCGGUUCAGAUGCUUCCCUGAACUUACGGGGGAGGAUUCUGUUAGUGUAAGCUACUUCGGUUUACUUUUUUUAGUAGCUUGAAUUUUAAAUCUGGCAUGAACAUAGUAAGCCGUAUGGUCUUCCUUUAUGCCUUCACAGCUUUCUCCUGCAUAAGGUGGCAUUUUCCAAAUACCUGUCCAACACACUGGACACAGACUCUUGAAUUGUUGAGUAUAUUAUCAAAAAAUAUGUAGACAGCAGUACCUUUUUAUUUUUUUUCCCUGGGUGUCACUGAUGCCCUUUGAAGGGUCGGAAAACCAUUUGGAAUACGUAAUUAUAGGAAAAUGAGCAUGUCGCCCUUUUAGCUAGUGUAAUAAACGGGACUAACAUCUUUAGAGUCUUCGGGAGGGAUUUGCUUAAAUUAUUUUUAAGAUGCAAAUACUACAAUGUGUGUGCCUGAAAGACGGGACUAGUUUUCACUAAAAUUCUCCUAGCUUUAUUAAGAUAUAAGUUGAGAAAUGUUACAGUGGUUUAUACAUCUGCUACCUUGACAGAAAAUCUUGAGAAACGGGAUAUUAAAUUCUCUCAGAUACUUACUCACCCGGACUCCUGGUUUUGGACUUCCCGCUUCCAAAACCAAUUGGAACCCAUACAACAGAGCGGGGAGAUCAGCUCACAAGCCCUUUCAGAACAACUGUAUUUUGCUUUUGCAUAUUGAUCUGCAGCCCUCAGUUCCUGCAGCUUUCAGAGAGUUUUUUCUGAAUAUAGUCAAAUUCAAACCGAUUUUUCUGAGAGGAAAUGUGUGACCUCUUGGAAUUUUGUUUAAUGUUCAUCUUGCCCCUCAUACCAUUGUUUGCAUUAUUUUUCAUUUGCAUGGGAAAAAAAAAAAUUAAGCCAGUUGUGAAUGUAUGUUGGAAUUUGGCCUUAGCUAAUUUUUAUCUCUUACUAUAAUAGCCUGCAUAAUAUAGGCCUCUGGUUUUGUCCUGGACAGGUUUUAGUUUCUGUUACCUUAAAUGAAAAGGAAAACCUCUUCAUGUCAAGUUCCUGGGCCUGUAAUAGACUUUCCUUCUCCACUGUGAGAGGGAGGCAUUGGCUGCGUGUUUGCUAGGCAGCCCAUCAAUAAAUGUAUGUCCAAGCCUUAGCUUUUGAAGACUCACUAUGCUUCGUGCUUCAUAUCCUCAGCUCAAGGAUGUGGGAGUGAAGUUACUCAUCCAUUGCAGCAAGCUUGUUUUUUUGAAAAUGAGCAAUACCUUUUUUUUUCUUUUGUCUUCUACCACUCUUAAAUUGCCAUAGUUAAUGCAAUAAUACAGUAAGUGUCUCUACUUUUACUGGAAAUAAUCUCUUUAGAUUAACCCUGAAACUUUUAUUUUCCUCCUGAAAAACUCCUGAAACCACAGCUGCGUUGCCUGUUUUAAUUCUUCAGCAUUUGUAAGUACGAGUUCUUCUGGUCUUUGGCUGAAGAAAGGAAUCUUGCAGUUCCCCCCAGGAGUACAGUAAUUCUGCUUUGGGGAAAGCCCCCCCAGUUUUCACAAUGCCUAGAGUUCUGAUCUUAAGGUUGGGAUAUAUUAAGAAAAGGAAGGCAUCGCUUGUCAUUCUGUUUAUUCUGAAGAUAGGACUCAUUUGUAUUUACCUGCCUACUUUGAGAUUGGGAAAUAAGAUAAAUGACAAAAUUAGGUUAACUUACUCUAUUGCAAUACUUUUCUAGUAAUAUUGCAUCUUCAGGUUGUAAAGUGUUUUUCCUUCUCCUUUCUUCCCCCUGGCUGGAAUACCAGAGAACAUUUCUUCAUACAUAGGCUUCUGUGUUUCCCAUGUGCAAGUUUACUGGUGCAUGGAAGAGAAGCAGUUACUAUAGAUCUGGUUGGGGAAGACUGCGUUUUCCACAGUUACAGAAUGCAAAAGUGAGAAACUGUUCAUGACCUCUGAAUUUAGAAAGUCAGUCAUUUUUUCGUAGGUAAUAAGGAGAAGAAUUACAGAAGGCUUUGAAUUGUAAUCCUCUGAGAGACCAGCUAGCAUUUAAAGAACUUUGAAACUGGUUUACAAAUCCGAAUGACAAUUGCCACAUUCUCAUGGUGUAAGCCAAAGCUCUUUGCAUCAGUGACUAUCAGAAAAAAACUAGUUUGUGUGGAUGCAAUCUUACAAUGUAAUCGUAACUCAUUUACUGUACUUUGUAACUAAGAAUAUUUAUGAGCUUUGUGUGUUUUAUUAUAACAUGCAAAUACCAUUCCUUUCCCUCAUCCUAUGGGUUUAAAAUAGUUUGAACUUUGAUUAGGUCAACACAGUACUACCACAUGAAAUUAUUUAGUGAAAGUACAGUAUUAAAAAAGUACUAAAUAUGUCUGCAUUGUCUUCGUGAAGUGGCUCAUUCUGACCAGAAUUAACUUGUUUCUUCACAAAUUUGGUUCCCAUAAAUUAUUCAUAGAAGUCAGAGACAGGUUUGGAUCCUAUGUUGCUGGCAUAUGUCACUCACUUUGGAUUUAUUAAGUAUUUUUGUGAAAAUGUGAAGACUGCACCCAGACUUCACGGUUUGCUGAAUCCAACAGUAAACCUAAUGAAACCUGAGCUGAAAUACUGUUGCUGAAUAGUACAAAUUCUUUGUAUAUGAACAAGUUCUUCAAAAUGGCUACUUUUCUGUUUUGGCUGUUGUUCUAAAAAUAAACUUCAGUCAGAACUAUGUCUUGGUAGUACUAAAUGACACUUAUCUCCCUUUUUCUGCAGUUUGUCUCUGAUUUGAUUUUCAAGGCACUGUCUCUCGUAAGUAUUGGUCAGCAGUGACUUACUACUUUGCUUAUUCUCUUUGUAUCCCCUAAUGCCAUUUGAACUGUUGUACAGAAAGUAACACCAGAUUCUCUGUAGCCUCUUAGCACAAAUUCUUAUCUGGAAGUUAUACUAAUGUUACUUGUAUUACUCUUUGUGUUUCCUGCUUAAUUCUGUUACACUGUGAUUGCUGGAUCUUGAUCUGGAUACCUGUGUAAUGCUACUCUAAAAUUUAAUUUGCACUUGUGUAGUUUCACUUGAGCUUUUCUUUAGUAUAUAAAAAAAUCAAAGAAACAUAGCAAAUUUGGGACACAGGUUGUAUGAGGACAAAACAGCUGAAAAAUGAGAGGUCUGUCUUGUUACCUUCCAUGUUUGUUUGUCACAAUGCAUCACUGUAUGACAGUAGAUAUAUGUUUCUUCUUUUGGCUUUAUUUGCAUCCAUUUCCACUAAUAUGCUUGUAAAUACUUCUUUCUGCUUUGGGCAGGGAGGGAAUCCUCCCCCAGUUCUUCAUGUCUGCCUAGAGAAAUUCGUAGUUUAUAGUCAGUUUACUUACACUACGCAUUCUUAGCUAUGCAAAGCUGCUUGUGUCUAGAAAAUUUUAACUUCCAAAGGAUAUGAAGUCGGGGGGGGACAAAAUUGCAUACAUAUAGAUAUAUAUACACACUUGCAGCUGUAAAUUAAACAGCUGUAAAACAAGCCUGGUGAAACCUCAUUUAGUUUUGAACAAUUCAAUCACUGUCUGUAAAAAAUAAUGUAUGUAACUAACACGCCGUACAAAUUACUAUCCCAAGAUGCACGUGCAGUCAUUUUUUCUGUUGAAAACAAAAGGCUGAAUUUCCUUGUUUGUCAUAUGUACCUUGGUUGUGUGGAUGCAACAAAAGAAAGAAAGCCUUCCACAGUUUUAAAUCCUUGUCCUGCUAACACAUGCUUAGUUGGUUCUGAAUUGUUUUUUCUGUGAGGCUGGGUAGAGGUGUGUUGGCAGGAUUGGGAUCUUAGGGCGUUAGGGGUUUUUUUAAUAGCCUCUCAAAUAUAGGGUAAGACAAUAGGACUCAUACAUACUGAAUCAAUGUAGUGUGCUCAACUUGCAAAAGUUACUGAAAUGACAGCUCAGAGGUGAACCAAAUGUAUUGGCCUUUAUCAUUAAGGUUGUACAGUUUCCUUUGCUUUAAUGUAUUUCUGAUGUGUUGGUUUUUUAAACAUGAUCUUAAUGUACAAUUUAGUGUUCCAAAUACAUUCACACCAAAGCGUUGUUAACAUUCUGGGCCUCGCAAGCUUUCUUCAUUCAUGUUUGGGUUAAGGUGCUGCUAUGCUUGAGUUCCUGGUAGAACAGGCCUACUGUAAACAGGCUUCCAUCAACAACUGUAUGAACACUAUGAAGAUAGGGUUGUUUAAUGGUAGCAAGUUUCAAUGCAUGGUGCAAACAUGCAUCUUCUGUUUCUUUUGUUGUUUUUUAACAGUUGAUGUGAAUUUAAAUGUGUGCUAGAAGGAUUUGCUGCUUGGAGCAUGACUGAAUUUUCUUGUUUAAAACACCAUUGCUGUGCAAUGAACAGAAUCGAGGAACUACAGCAUUCAACUCUGCAUUGCCUUGCAGUCAGGGUGAGGGUAUGUUUGUGUUCAUGUACGUGACUCUUCCACUUCACUGAAAAUGUAAUUGGGCAGCCUGAAACAGUGGAAACUCCUGAAGGCACUCCUGAGUUAAAAACCAGAAGUCCUUUACUUCUGAUUCUUUUUCACGUACUGGCUUUACAGCAGUAUCUUCACCAUAGCUAGCAAUGGGAUAUAAUAGAUGACUUGUGAUGAUGUAAACUGUGCGUUUCACAACAACUAGCGCUUUACAUGCAUGCUUCAAGCACUUGCAUGCAGAGCUAGAUUGACAAUACUUCCAUCUACAGAUAUUUGCAAGUGCAUCUAUGAUAAAGCUAGAUAUGAAAGAUAGCCAUAUUUUUUUCAGCUUACAGAAUUCAACACCUGAUUAGCAUCCAAUUUAAGUCUCAUUCCCAAAGCAUGUGUGAGUUAAUCUCAAUAAGGCUGAGAAAUUGUCUUUAAAAUAUUUUUCUUCUUAUCACUGGUGGGAUUUUGAUCUAGUGGGAAAAUUUAGUUUUCGAAGAAUGUCCAUGUUUAGUUCUUACUAUUUAAGCCAGUACACUUGCAAUGAGCAGAGAAAAGCAAGCAUUCAUUUCUUAGACCUGUUUUACAAAAGACAAUCCCAAAGAAGGAAUGUUGUCCUAGUAAUUGUGAAACUUCUAAGUAAUGCAUGCAGAGAAAACCUUGUGCCAAAAUACUGUUUAGUAUUUCCCUCUGUUGGAAACUGGAGUGUUACACAAAGCUGCUAGUAAGUUAUUCACAAGUAUUGAAAUGUUUUGUUCACAAAUGAAGCACUUAGUCCUGUAAAUUAUACGUAUUUUGGAAUAAAGUUAACUUCAAUCCA